CACACCCUCGCAGCGCUGGGAGGAAGGCGCCGGGGCUCAAGAUGGCUUUAGCCCGGCUCUGCGCCCUGCUCGCCUGCUGCUGGGGGCCGGCGGCGGUGCUGGCCACGGCCGCAGGAGACGCGGACCCGUCCAAGGAGCUGGAGUGCAAGCUCAAGAGCAUCACGGUGUCGGCGCUGCCCUUCCUGCGCGAGAACGACCUGAGCAUCAUGCACAGCCCUUCGGCCUCGGAGCCCAAGCUGCUCUUCUCUGUGCGCAACGACUUCCCGGGAGAGAUGGUUGUGGUGGACGACCUGGAGAACACAGAGCUACCCUACUUCGUGCUGGAGAUCUCAGGGAACACAGAGGACAUCCCUUUGGUGCGCUGGAGGCAGCAGUGGCUAGAGAAUGGCACUUUGCUUUUUCACAUCCAUCACCAAGAUGGUGCCCCAAGCCUUCCUGGACAAGACCCAACUGAAGAACCCCAGCAUGAGUCAGCAGAAGAGGAGCUGAGGAUUCUUCACAUCUCAGUCAUGGGUGGCAUGAUCGCUCUGCUGCUGUCCAUCCUGUGCCUGGUGAUGAUCCUAUACACACGCCGGCGCUGGUGCAAACGCCGCCGGGUCCCGCAACCCCAGAAGAGCGCCAGCGCAGAGGCGGCCAAUGAGAUUCACUACAUCCCUUCUGUGCUGAUAGGCGGGCACGGGCGGGAGAGCCUGCGCAACGCCCGCGUGCAGGGCCACAACUCCAGUGGCACCCUAAGCAUCCGGGAGACGCCCAUCCUGGAUGGCUAUGAGUACGACAUCACCGACCUGCGCCACCACCUGCAGAGGGAGUGCAUGAACGGAGGGGAGGACUUCGCCAGCCAGGUCACCCGCACCCUGGACUCCCUGCAGGGCUGCAACGAGAAGGCAGGGAUGGACCUCACCCCAGGAAGUGACAAUGCCAAGCUAUCACUGAUGAACAAGUACAAAGAUAACAUUAUCGCCACCAGUCCAGUGGACUCCAACCACCAGCAGGCUACCUUGCUCUCUCACACCUCCAGCAGCCAGAGGAAGCGGAUCAACAACAAAGCAAGAGCUGGUUCUGCUUUCUUGAACCCUGAAGGGGAUUCCAGCACAGAGGCAGAAAACGACCCCCAGCUGACCUUCUACACAGACCCCUCAAGGAGCCGGAGGCGCAGUAGAGUGGGAUCUCCCCGAAGUCCAGUGAACAAGACUACCUUGACCCUGAUCAGCAUCACCAGCUGUGUGAUUGGCCUUGUAUGCUCCUCUCACGUGAGCUGUCCUCUCGUUGUCAAGAUCACCCUGCACGUCCCUGAGCACCUGAUUGCAGAUGGGAGCCGCUUCAUCUUGCUGGAGGGGAGCCAGCUGGAUGCCAGUGACUGGCUGAACCCUGCCCAAGUGGUUCUCUUCUCUCAGCAGAACUCUAGUGGGCCCUGGGCCAUGGACCUCUGUGCCCGACGGCUCCUGGACCCUUGCGAACACCAAUGUGACCCCGAAACUGGGGAAUGCCUCUGCUACGAAGGUUACAUGAAGGAUCCUGUACACAAACACCUCUGCAUUCGAAACGAGUGGGGGACCAACCAGGGGCCUUGGCCUUACACAAUCUUUCAACGAGGCUUUGACUUGGUUUUGGGAGAGCAGCCCUCUGAUAAAAUAUUCAGGUUCACCUACACCCUCGGAGAGGGCAUGUGGCUGCCCCUCAGUAAGAGCUUUGUGAUUCCACCAGCCGAGCUGGCCAUCAACCCAUCAGCCAAGUGCAAGACGGACAUGACCGUGAUGGAGGAUGCCGUGGAGGUCAGGGAGGAGCUGAUGACUUCGUCCUCCUUUGACAGUCUGGAAGUUCUCCUGGAUUCCUUCGGGCCUGUGCGGGACUGCAGCAAGGAUAAUGGAGGCUGCAGUAAGAAUUUCCGCUGCAUUUCAGAUCGCAAGCUGGACUCCACUGGCUGCGUGUGCCCAUCCGGACUCAGCCCCAUGAAGGACAGCUCCGGGUGCUAUGACCGCCACAUUGGGGUGGACUGUUCCGAUGGCUUCAACGGAGGCUGUGAGCAGCUGUGUCUCCAGCAGAUGGCGCCCUUCCCAGACGACCCCGCCUUGUACAACAUCCUCAUGUUCUGCGGGUGCAUCGAGGACUACAAACUUGGUGUGGAUGGACACUCUUGCCAGCUCAUUACGGAGACCUGUCCAGAGGGAGGUGAUUGUGGGGAGAGCAGGGAGCUUCCCAUGAACCAGACCCUCUUUGGGGAGAUGUUCUUUGGUUACAACAACCAGUCCAAGGAAGUAGCUGCUGGACAGGUGCUGAAAGGAACAUUCAGGCAAAACAACUUUGCUCGUGGCUUAGACCAGCAACUGCCAGAUGGUCUUGUGGUGGCCACUGUUCCCCUGGAGAAUCAGUGCCUGGAGGAGAUCUCAGAGCCCACCCCUGACCCCGACUUCCUGACUGGGAUGGUGAACUUCAGCGAAGUGUCUGGAUACCCUGUGCUGCAGCACUGGAAGGUCCGGUCUGUGAUGUACCACAUCAAACUCAACCAAGUGGCCGUCUCCCAGGCCCUCAACAAUGCUCUCCACUCGCUGGAUGGGGCUACAUCUCGUGCAGAUUUUGUGACUUUGUUGGACCAGUUUGGCAACCAUUACAUCCAGGAGGCAAUCUACGGCUUCGAGGAGUCCUGUUCUAUAUGGUACCCAAACAAGCAGGUCCAGCGGCGACUCUGGCUGGAGUAUGAAGACAUCAGUAAAGGCAACUCCCCAUCCGAUGAGUCAGAGGAGCGGGAAAGAGACCCCAAGGUGCUGACGUUCCCAGAAUACAUCGCCAGUCUGUCAGACUCUGGCACCAAGCGCAUGGCGGCCGGAGUCCGCAUGGAGUGCCAGAGCAAGGGACGAUGCCCCUCGUCUUGCCCCCUGUGUCACAUGACAUCCAGUCCUGACACCCCUGCUGAGCCUGUUCUGCUGGAGGUGACCAAAGCAGCCCCCAUCUAUGAGCUAGUGACCAACAACCAGACCCAGAGGCUCCUGCAGGAGGCCACUAUGAGCUCUCUCUGGUGCUCGGGGACUGGAGACGUCAUCGAGGACUGGUGUCGCUGUGACUCCACCGCAUUCGGAGCUGACGGACUACCCACCUGUGCGCCUCUGCCCCAGCCCGUGCUGAGACUCUCCACCGUUCAUGAGCCCAGCAGCACACUCGUGGUCCUGGAGUGGGAACACUCGGAGCCACCCAUUGGGGUGCAGAUUGUAGAUUACCUCCUCCGUCAAGAGAAAGUCACCGACAGGAUGGACCACUCCAAGGUGGAGACAGAAACGGUGCUGAGCUUUGUGGAUGACAUCAUCUCUGGAGCAAAGGCCCCCUGUGCCAUGCCGUCCCAGGUGCCAGACAAGCAGCUCGCCACCAUCUCUCUGAUCAUACGAUGCCUGGAACCCGACACCCUUUACAUGUUCACCCUGUGGGGAGUGGACAACACAGGGCGGCGCUCCAGGCCGAGUGACGUGAUCGUGAAGACCCCUUGCCCAGUGGUGGACGACGUCAAAGCCCAAGAAAUAGCAGACAAGAUCUACAAUCUCUUCAACGGCUAUACCAGUGGGAAGGAACAACAGACUGCCUACAAUACUCUUCUGGAUCUGGGCUCCCCUACCUUGCAUCGAGUCCUCUACCACUAUAACCAACAUUAUGAGAGUUUUGGAGAAUUCACCUGGCGGUGUGAGGAUGAAUUAGGCCCUAGGAAAGCAGGUCUCAUCCUGUCUCAACUUGGAGACCUCAGCAGCUGGUGCAACGGACUCCUUCAGGAACCCAAGAUCAGCCUGCGGCGUGGCUCCCUCAAGUACCUGGGCUGCCGCUACAGCGAGAUCAAGCCCUACGGACUUGACUGGGCAGAGCUUAGCAGGGAUCUCCGGAAGACAUGUGAGGAGCAGACUCUGAGCAUUCCCUACAACGACUACGGAGACAGCAAGGACAUCUAGCACCACAAGGCCAGGAGCUACUGCCAAGAGAAAGCCAGAAAGGGGAGGCAGACCGCUGGGUCGGUGUGUGGCUUUUUAAUAUUUUUUAAUGGAACAUUAAAACCUCUGCAGCAACAUUUAAACAGGGAGAAGGAGAACCUUGCUCCCUGCAGAACUUCCUCAGUGUGACGUUCUCCAUCUGCAUGAUCAUAACCCGGCCAGCCAGUGGCUUCAUGCAAUGCCAUAUUUCUUCACAGGAUUACUUUAGAGUUUGUUUUGCUAUUCAUUUGUUUUAUUCACUUCCCACCCCACAAGGAGUCCACCAAAAUGCUCAAGAGCUCCAUCAUGCUUCCUGUGAAAGGUCUAUCCGGUUGAGGCACACUGUGCUCCCUGAGUUCCUAAAUCCUUGGGGAUAGAGAUGAGGCUGGAAGGUUGUUUGAGCAACCUAGGGCCUCACCCUCAGGCAUUCCUUGGUAGGUAUCUCUGGGAGCCUAAGCCCUACUCACAGGGAAAGGCAAUUAGAAAACUGGGGGAGGUGGCCCCUGUCUGUGCCCCCUGGUUUUUCUCCACACCUCAUAGGUGAACCCAGUUUCUGUUAUAGGCUCCAAAGGGCCACCUGGGUUUUUAGGUCUUCCCCCAUUGUAAGCCAGGAUGGGAUUAAAUCUCCCUCUGGUGGAUCUCUCCCCUCUCCUCUGCUCAACAUGGUCUUUGAGAGCAACAAGAUGGACCUUGUCAAAAUGCACCUUUGAGAAGUCUACCUGGGAGACUAAUUAUCAGUUCCCAUUCUAGAGAAGAAAUGGAAUUUAUUGUUUUCCUUUUAAAUUUCUGUUUCUACUUUGGAUACGUUUCUGCAGACCACCCAUAUGUAUCCAUGUGCCUGGAUUCACUUUAGCCCGCACCUCUUACCCUGGACAGGAUAGAUGUCUAAUCUGUUCCAGGAGAAAUGGUCACCCCAUGUCAGUGUUACAGAUAACUAAAGCUAUUAUUGAUCAUAAAAAAGUUUCUGUCCACCUCCGCUUCCUUGCUAAAUUUGCGUGUGUUGCUAGUUUUGCAAACUCUUUCUCUGAUGACCUUCAGCAGAAGGGUGCCACCAUUGUCACUGCCUCUCCAGUUGCUGGGAGUAGCUGCAGUUCUCUAUAGGUGAGCACAGUGGGCACAGUCAUGGACUGUGGGUUGUUUCCAUUCCCUGCCGGAGUAUUGGCAUGGGCACCAAUGGUGGCCUGCCUAGCGGGAAGCCCAGUCUUUCAGAAAGAGCACGGCAGGGCCAUGUUGACCAGCGAUGGCCUUAGCUGUCCCUAACUGUACCACUGAACACACACUUUCAGUCACCAUGCCUUCAACUGGAGUUCCUCAUUUAGAAAUGCAUGAGAAAGAUCAGGAAGGAGGAGCAGGACCUAGAAGGCCACUGAGCUAUACUGAUUGCUUUCUAAAUAGCAAUAAUGACAUAGCAUUUAUUGAGUUCUUGAUGUAUGCUGGGCCCUGCUCUCAGCACUUUACAUAUCACUGAAUUCUUACAACAACCCCCUGAGGAAAGUGCUGUUCUUAUCUCCAUUUUAGUGUUGAGGAAACCAAAGCAAAGAGAUCGCAUGCCCAAAUCCCUCACCUACUGUGUGCCUAAGCUACAAUAUAAUUCAGGCUGCUGGACUGCAGAGCACAGGAUCUCAGAAGCCCUGGGAUCCAUGGUUCUGCUGUCAGGGUUGUCUGUGGCACACUGCUAUCAGCACUCAGCUCCACAGGGGAUCUGCCCAGAGAGCUCGACCUUUCCCAAGCACCCGUGGCAUAGAUGUGCCCACUGGGCAGUGGAAGGAGGAGGGGCCUUUGGAGCUAGCUACUUGAGACUCCCAGCUCUGCAGCAACACCCCUAUGACUGGGAAGGAAACUUGUGACAAGGUUAAAAGCACAGGGUGGUCUUGCUGCCCUCUUUGCUUCUUUCUGGAGAAAGAUGGAAAGAUAGAUUUCAUAUCCUCUAAUGCACCUGCCUCUGAGAUCCCCUCAUUUUCAGAGCAAAGGCUAGCAGAAGACCCGGCUGUCCCACCCAUAGUCCGUGCAGGGGGCCUUGGUUAAAGUGCCUUCCGGGGGCAAGGUUUCUGCCAUUGCCAGAGAAGAAGGUGCCUCAGCUGAUUAGGCAGGGCCUGUCACAUCUUCCUGCUGCUCCUUUUUGCCAACUUUUUAUUCAAGUCUCUGCAGAAGAUGGUGUCUUGAGUUCGAGUGGAAGGAGAGUGGGGCAGCAGAUGCCUGCCUGCCCCAGAGGUGGGUGAGGUCUGAGCUGAGCACGAGAGAGAGUGAGGGGUGACAUCAAGGUCACUCCUCCGCUCCCCCCCUUCUGUUUUUAUUUUUGGCACACGAUCUUCCUCUCUUCAACUCUCUUCCUCUCAUUUUUUCCAUUUAUUCCAAGUCCCUACCCCUCCUUUUUAUCCCCUUUAUCUUUGUCUUUUUGUUUUCCUUCCUGUGACCCUCCUUCUUUGCCCCCUUUUCUCCCAUGACUCUCAUCCUCUCUCAGUUUCUUCUGUGUUCUCACUGCAUGUGUGUAUGCACACGUGCACACACAUUCACUCACACACACUAUACACACAACUGCUACGACUGGCAACAUUUACUUUCAAGUUUAAAGGCAAGUACAAAGGGGUAGGGGAUAAUCUUAGGAUCGCUAUACAAUUAACUGGAGGAUUUUUUCCACCGAGAAGAUACUGUCAACUAUAAUCUGUUGACAUUUCCUAAAGCCUGCCUGGAGGAGCCGUUCUGGGACUGGGCCAGUAUUCAAUCUUAAGUUUCUGAACUGCCAAACAGGUCUUAAGGGAGGUCUCCCAGCUCCCAGCUCCCGUGUCCCUGAAAUCUCUGAGGCCUCCUCUUGAAUGUAUGUGAACCACUAUAGUGGCAAUAGACCUUUAACGGAGUGUGCAACGGUUUUCCAUGGAGUUUGGUCCAUUCAUUAUUUUUAUUUGUUAACUACACUUCUCAAUAUUAAAAUGUUCUAUUAAAAAACUGAGUGUGGGGGAGAAAAACUUUACUAUGGUAGAAGGAAGAAAUAAUAUAAUGUGACCAUCUUCAGGUAUAACAGUGUUGUUUAAAAGAAAAUUAUUGUAUGAUUAUAAAAACAUGAAAUAAUCAACUAAAUAAUAAACAAAUCUGUUAGUAA